AUGCUGCCAAUACGAAGAAAGGUGUUUGGAACAGCUGUGGUAGUGUGUUUGGCUUGGAUAGCUCUUGUAAUUCAUUUAACAUUUAGAACGCCUACUUUGACCGAUCGCCUGGUAGAUAAGAAACUAAAACGAGUUCAAUAUCACGACUUCGAUGAAGCAUUUAUAAAAAAGGAGAGAAAAGCUGCCAUUAUCUAUAUUAACAAACCCGCCCACUGGCUGAACGACUGGAUCGGCACAGGAUGGGAGACUUCGGACGUCUUCAAAAGGUGUCCUGUUUCUAACUGUGUCUUAUCAAAAGACGAAAGAAUGUUUCCUGAAAGUGACGCAGUUAUGAUUAGACCGUUUGAUUUAAAAUGCAAUAAGAAGCAGAAACUUGGUCAGGUCUGGAUAUUAAUGGAGCAUGAAGCUCCGACGAGUUUUGACUUUCCACCCGGUAGAAAUAUAAAGCCUUGUCAUAAAAAUCUAUUUAACUGGACGUUUACCUACAGGCGCGAUUCUGAUUUCACACUAGAACAUGGGUUCUUCAAGAAGAGGCCGGAUGAAUACGAUUCAAAGUCACUGGAACGUUCGAUCAAAUCUAAAAGUAAAAGUGCGGUUGGCUUUAUAAGCAAUUGCGGUGUGAGUUCACAGCGCGGUUUGUACGUGAAUAAAUUAAGAGAUAAUGGCCUGGAUCUUGAUAUUUUUGGAGCGUGUGGAAACUUGAAAUGUCGAGGUGACAACAGACACAAGACCUCAUGGAAUACUUCAGGUGCUAGAAAUGAAUGUUUCGAUGUGAUGAACUCUAAGUACAAAUUUUACCUCUCGUUCGAAAACUCGCUUUGUGUUGAUUACGUCACAGAAAAAUCACUCAACCUGAUAAUGAGCCGAGACAUUGUUCCAGUGAUCCGUGACGGUGCCAACCACUCCAUUUAUCACCCUCCCGGGUCUUACAUACAUACCAGUGACUUCUCUAGUCCAAAACAACUAACUGCAUUCAUAUUGAAUGUUGCAAAGAAUGAAACAAAAUAUCGUAAAUAUUUUGAAUGGAGAAAUCACUAUACCAUUCACGGAAUCAUUGACGUAUUACAGAGAAAUUUUUGUGAGAUAUGCAAGCGUCUACAUAACCUUGACAAAUACCAUCGUAUUUAUGAAGAUAUAGACAAAUUCAUGUGGAAGUAUGGCGGAAAGCAAGCUUGUUACAAUGCACAGGACUUGUGACAGUAUUUGCCUUAAUUGCUUCGCACGUGCUAUGUGUGUUUUUUUCCGUUUUGUAGUGGCGAUAUUCUAGAACAAUAUGAUAUGUGAAAAAAAAUUCACUUGGAGGAGUAAUAAGCUUAGUAGGGUUCAGUUCAUGUCUGUCAUAGUUAUGAAUUACAUCAGUUUGUUGAAGUUACAAAGGCUGGUAUCAAAAUCAAACCUAUACAGAGCAUUGGUAUAUUGGUAUUUAAUAAGAGUUUACUGUAGAAUCAAGACAUUAUUUAGGCA